AUGAUGCCCGAGCGGCAAUACCAAGCCAAUGGCCGUACCGCCGUGGCCUCGCGCGAGCGACCUUUCACGCCUGGAACACCAUCACGGAAAGAUAAGAUACGGGAGAGCUCCGCCCUCCAAGACCCGGGGCUCAAGGACUACCGUUUAGGUGAAUGCCUUGGGAAAGGUGCUUUCGGAUCCGUAUAUAAGGCGUUCAACUGGGGCAAUGGGGAGGCAGUUGCUGUGAAGCAAAUCAAGCUUGCAGAUUUGCCCAAGAGCGAGUUGCGCAUGAUCGAGAGUGAAAUCGAUCUUCUAAAAAACCUUCAUCAUGACAAUAUUGUCAAGUAUAUUGGCUUUGUUAAAUCUGUUGACGCCCUCAACAUCAUCCUUGAAUACUGCGAAAAUGGUUCUCUACACUCAAUAUGCAAAGCAUACGGCAAAUUCCCCGAGAAUCUGGUUGGGGUCUACAUGACGCAGGUCCUGCAUGGACUACAUUACCUUCACGACCAGGGUGUUAUUCACAGAGAUAUUAAAGGCGCCAAUAUUCUCACCACAAAAGACGGCACAGUCAAGCUUGCAGACUUUGGAGUUUCGACCAGCACUCUUGCUGGUGGCCAGGAUAAGGAAGCACAGGUCGUCGGUACCCCAUAUUGGAUGGCCCCCGAGAUCAUCCAGCUCUCAGGGGCGAGUUCAGCUUCUGAUAUCUGGAGUGUUGGCUGCACUGUUAUUGAGCUUCUUCAAGGCAAACCCCCAUAUCACAACUUGGCUGCCAUGCCUGCCCUAUUCGCAAUUGUCAAUGACGACCAUCCGCCACUGCCUGAAGGCAUUUCUGCUGCUGCCCGUGACUUUCUUAUGCAAUGUUUCCAAAAGGACCCAAAUCUCCGUGUAACUGCCCGAAAAUUACUUCGUCAUGCAUGGAUUACAGGAUGUCGCCGCACCGAAGCACCCGUGGCAAGGACACCAGCCAACUUUAGCGAUGCUGUUGAGGAAGUCAAGCAAUGGAACAAGGCUCUAAAGUCAUCAGAUUCCUCCCUCCGAGCAUCAAUUGGUUCCGAAGGUGGGCCUUCGAGAAGAUUUCAUGGUGGGACUCCUGCUAAGGGUGGUCUGUCACUUGCGAAGCUUCGACCCGGCGCUCAAGCUUUCAGUAAGCCUGAAUUAGCUGAUGACGAUAACUGGGACGACGACUUUGCCACGGCCAUCUCACCAAGCGCACUGCACCUGCCUCACCUCAAACCUCAAGACAACUUUGGCGGUUUAUUAUCGAGCGAUCGGUUAAAAGCUUUUGCCUCAGUCAACGAUGGAAGAAACGAUAAUAAUUCGUACGACGACGACUUUGAGGGGGAGUUGAUGACAAUAAAAGGUCUUGGUCACUGGCACGAUAAUGAUCCUCAAGAACAGACGAUCAGGCCUUUGCCAAAGAAAGCUACCAAGGCCUCCGAGCCUGUCAAAACGCAUAGCCGGAAUAAAUCGAGCUCCAGUAAGGCCGCGGGCGCAGGCAGGACUCGAUCGCCUACGAAAGCUCCUCUCAAUAACAAGUUUGAGCUUCCAUCAAGACCAGAUCUUGCGUUUCGGGAGCACAGCGUGGAAGACUUUUCGGAUCUCUUUGUGGACAACGACAAUGUCUUCAAUCACAACAUAAAUCAGGCUGUAAGAAGAAACUCACGGCAGAGUGAUGCGCCACAACUGUUUCACCCGUCUGAUCUCACAUCACUGCCACGGUCGAUGUACGAUGCUGGUUCGGGUAGUAUAAAGAAGAAACCCUUGUCUCGACCAUCAGUUCUCCCCGAUAAACCAAUGCGACGGACACGAUCUUCGAUAGAAAUCCAGAAAUUUGCAGAAGACGACGACGAAGACUUUAGCGACGUUUUCGGACCCGAAUCGUCAAUAGCGGAGAAAGAGGAGAGUGACAAGGGAUCUGAAGAUGGUGGUUUAAUGCUCAUGUCUCGUGUGUCAAGCAACUCGUGGCUAGGAGACGACGAGGAUGAAUACGACCCGUUCGCAUCGAUGGAUCCAGGAUGGGAUGAAAUGGACCUCGAGGCCAACAUUGCCAGAGACCGGCAUGCCAGAUUAGCAGGGAGGGUUGAGGACUUGGUGAGCUCCUUGAAAACGACAGAAGGCGAAGAUACCCUGGUCGAGCUCUCAGAGGAUUUGAUUAUUCUGGAUGACGUGGAAAUACAAGAGAACUUAUGUUUCGUUGGUGGCAUACCCAUUAUCACCAAAUUUGCCGCAAGACAAUACUCGGAUGAGAUUCGUCUCGAGGCCGCAGCUUUUGUUCGCCAGAUGUAUCAGACAUCGACAUUAACCCUCCAGAUGUUUGUGUCUGCGGGUGGCCUGAACGUGUUGGUCGAGUUCCUUGACGAGGAUUACGACGUCACCCGAGACCUUGUUCUUAUUGGGGUCAACGGUAUCUGGAACGUGUUUGAGCUUCAGGGACCGACCCCCAAGAACGACUUUUGUAGAAUCUUCUCACGAAGCAAGAUUCUAUAUCCGUUAGCGCUUGUCCUACACCGAGUCCUUGACGAAGAGGGUGAGGACGAGCUUGGCGAGCUUGUUGAAGGACGAAUCGUCAACAUAUUCUACCUCUUCAGCCAGGCCGAGAACUACGUCAAGGAGGUCGUAGCAGAUCGGCAAGUAUUGAAGAGUGUACUCAAAGAUCUGCGGCGCAUGACGCCGAUACAUCAGAUCACAAUGCUUAAGUUCAUCAAGAACCUCUCCAUGCUCUCAACGACAAUUGAGUCGCUGCACUCAGCCGAUGCCAUCGAGUUUUUGAUUGAUUUACUAAGCUAUAGCAUGAAGAAGGGCCAGACACAUUUCCGCGAGAUAUCCAACCAGGUCCUUAACACCCUAUUUAACCUCUGCCGUCUCAGCAAAGAACGACAAGAGGAUGCUGCUGUUGGUGGCAUUAUUCCUUUACUUCUCCGAAUCAUGCAGACCGAUCGCCCCCCGAAAGAAUUCGCCCUCCCAAUACUCUGUGACAUGGCGCACUCCGGAUCGAAGGGCCGCAGAUACUUGUGGCAGAACAAGGGUCUCAACUUUUACGUAUCAUUACUCACCGAUCAGUACUGGCAAGUCACUGCACUUGAUGCCAUCUUAGUCUGGUUGCAAGAGGAAACUGCCAAUGUAGAGACUCAUCUUGCUGAUGGCGGCUUUACACGAGCUAUUAUCAGCGGUUUUAGUACCAAUAGGGUGAAUGCCUUUGAUUCCAACCUAUUGGAACCGCUACUGAAGUUGUUACGUCUAAGCCCGUCAGUUGCGGCGUCGCUGGCGAAGCCUGAGAUGUUUGCAGGCAUUGCACAGCGGUUAACACACAAAAAGGCAGUUGUGCGACUAAACCUCCUCAGGCUGGUGAGGACUAUCAUGGAUGCUUGUGAUCCUGGACUGGGUAGCGGCGAUGGAACAAGGUCCCUCAACAACUCGCAAGUGCGGUCUCUCAUGGCUACCAUACAGAACCUGUCGGAGAAGGACUCUGCUGUCCUGGUACGAAACCUUGCUUCAGAGCUGGUACGGUCCAAUAUCGAGCCAAGCGGAAGACCGAAUGAAGGUGUACCCAGUGCUGCACCAAGCUCAACAUCAUCAAGGCGAUCAGGGUCCCGCCGGAAUAAUAGCUACACACCUCCUGGCUUGCAUUCGUCCGUGUCGGUACCACAGACGCCUCCUCACAGGAGCCGUGGUAGUCUCGCAAAUAACGCUUAUAUCGAAGUAGCUGCCAGCCCACGCAGAAGCGCUGCUGUCGAACGAGAACGGGAAGGGAUCCUUUACCGGCCACGAAGUAGGGAUGGACCAACGGGUAUUCCUCGACGUGUCAGUGGCGAGUUUGUUUCUGCAAAGAGCCGACUCCCUCGCACAUCGCUGGCUACGUCGAGCAACUCCCGAUCAGCCAUUGGGAUCAGCGCCAACGGCAACAGCCCAGCCCUCAGCUCCCGCAGCGACAUCACCAUGGGUGCCCGCAGCGAGAGCAGCUUGAGCAAUAAGGAGAACGUAGGCCGCGCGCCGGGCAGCCGCGACGGACUCAGUAGUAGAGAUAGCAGCCUGGCGUCGCCCGGUCUGCCAGGGGUAGCAGAACGAGCGGGCAUAAGUAAGAGACGGAGUCGAAUGCCUGAUACCAAAUGGUCAUGA